UAUGAUAGAUAAACGGACAGUCUCUCACAAGCCGUCGAGAUGCUGACUGGGUUGCUCCUCUUUAUCCUGUUCCUGCUGUGUCUGUACUUUGCCCUCAGAAAACCGACUAAUCUACCACCGGGCGUUUGGGGUUUACCUUUGUUGGGUAAAUUUCCGUCAUCAUCGCAGCGUUUCGCUGAUCAGGUGAAGGAGCUGCGGCCUCGGUAUGGAGACAUCAUAACGUGGCGCGUUGGAGGCCGCAUUCAGGUUUUUCUCUGCAACUACAUCACCAUCAAACGGGUGUUGAACAAGCAGGAGUUUCAAGAUAGACCGGACUUCGCUACCUUCAUUGCCUACGGUGCGGGUGACCUGCGAGGAGUCAUCGUAGGCAAUGGGACCAAGUGGCUGAUGCACCGCCGUUUCAUGCUCCGUCAGCUAAGAAACUUGGGAAUGGGAAAGUCCAAGGCCGAGGAGGCCAUUCAAGAGGAGGCGGCGUUGAUGGUGCAGGAUUUCAAGAAGCACACCAACGAAGACAAGACUCUGCCGAUGUCCCUUGGGGUGGCUGUUUUCAACGUAAUAUGGAAAAUGGUGGCAAACAAGCGCUUUGAGCCAGACGAAACAGAAGCUCAUGACAUCAUUCGCCUGGUCUGGGAGAUGAACCAGUCCCUCCAAAAAGGAAAAGUGAUGCUGUUCAACUUCCUUCCGUUGCUUGCAGCAUGUGCCCCGGAGUGGUUGAAGAGGAGGUGGGGUUUACAGAAGGCGCGGAAGUUGACUGAAAAAAUAAACCAAGUUACAAAGGAAUAUGUGGAUGAACACCUGAAAACCUUUAACCGGCUAUACAUUAGAGACCUCAUCGAUGAAUACUUGCUGGCAAUGGAGGACGACAAUGAUAUCUCUGUCUACAGCUUAGAGGAUCUGUACCUGGUCGCAACUGACCUCUUGGUGGCCGGAGUAGAGACCACCACCAACACCAUGCGCUGGGCUAUCCUCUAUCUGGCCAAGUUCCCCGAGGUGCAGCGGCGUGUCCAACGAGAAAUCGACAACGUGAUACCAAGAGGAACCCUACCAAUGUACCAGCACAAAUCCAAGCUGCCGUACUUCGAAGCUGUGCUGAGUGAGGUGCACCGCAUAGCGUCAUUGGUGCCGCUUGCAGUUCCCCACGUGGCAUCCAAGGACACCGAGCUGGAGGGCUACAGCAUCCCUAAG